CGAAAAGGAAAACAGUCUGAACAUGGGACUAUUCGCAGAAAUGUUACCUGGUUUGGAUUUUAAGGAAUUCCUAGGUUGAAAAAUCGGUAGAACGACGUUGGCUACCUGAAAGAUCUAUCACUACCAAUGUGCUCAUCGCCUUGGUAACUUACUUCGUGGAAGAAAAAAGUGUUUCCGAGCAUGCGGGCGGGGUACUGUAAAGUUACCAAUAGGAGUUCAAAGGCGGAUGAAGCAACACAAGACACGAUUCGUCUGUAGGCUACUUUAAAAAGUUGUCUUGUAGAGUUAACUUCGUUUGAUUUAGGUGUAUACGAAGAAGGCUAAGAUCGUUAAAUAAAGAAUUACAUUCCAUUUGAUGGAAAUAAUUCAUCCAGCUAACGAUAAAAGGGAGAGGAUUGGCAAGCUUAAACACAUUCAACGCUCUGCUGCUGCGGGACAUGCGGUCUGCCUUGAAGUUGACUAAAAUGACAGAGCAGAAGUAUGCAACCUGACGACAUAGCUAGCUGAUUAGCGAGCUAGCGACGACCAGGGAACCUAGGAAAAAAUCUCAUUAUAGAAAACACGACGAGCAAUACUGGAUACACAGUGUUCAAAGACACAGUCGGCUACGGGAUAAGUUGUCUGAAGAAAAGGGGAUCUAAUACUGGAAAUCAGUUUUGUUGAAGGAAAAGUUUUCGGAAAACCCAGCUAAGACUGUCAGUAAAUGACUCUCUAGCUGGCAAGGCUAUCGAUAAUAUCAUCGGCAUCUGAAUACCCACAGAACUGGCAACGGAAGCAUGUAACUUGCUUGUUCGCAAACUUUUGUCAAAUUAAAUACAAAAUGUUGUCAGCUCUCAUGAGACGUUGGCUCAACAGGCCCAAGAGGUCCGACAGCCACCCUCUGGCCAGGUUUUACUUCGCGGAUGAAGAGGUGACACGCGUGACGGUGGAGCUCAACGCGGUUGACCUGCGGAAGGACCCCCAGAAAUACCUGGUGCUGCUGAAUCGGCUGCGAGUGAGCCAGGAUCAAAUGCUGCGCUCCAUUGAGCUUGUGAUGGAGGACUGCAUCCCAACACAGAGGCAAAGUCGCGACUACCACGUCAAGUUUCCAGAUGAGAUCCUGCACGAGAACCUGGGCGUGCAGCUGUGGUUCGCUGCUGAGUGCCUUUCGGCAGGCUCCUUUCUGGAAGUGCGUGAGUCAGAGGGGCUGCUGCUACGCCCUUUGGCAGAGAGGAUGCUGCAGUGCCUGGAGGAGGUGAGGCUGCAGCUGAGGGAGCAGAGCCUGGUCGACACCCACAGCUACACGCCCGCAGUCAAAGAGGCCCUCCUGCGCUACGACUCUGCCUUCUCCCAGUUUGAGCUCAGCUAUGUUUCCACAUUGAUCCCAGUGAAGUCUGCAGAGGAGCUACAAAAGCAGCAGGAAAUCGUAGUAUUGUUCUGUGAGACCGUCGACAGAGCGCUCAAACUGGGAUACUUAAACCAGGAGUUGAUUGAUGGCUAUGAGCCGCUUGUCAUGUUCACCAUCCCAAGGCUUGCCAUAAUCUGUGGCCUGUUGAUCUUUCCUGAUGGGCCUUUGAACCUCCAGAAUGGGUCAGAGGGUAUGUCCAGCCUCUUCAGCCCUUUCUUCACCCUACUGCAGAAGAUAAGGGACCUGUUACGCAUUCUGACCAAGGAGGAGCUCUACAUCCUGGAGAAGAGCCUCUGCACGGCAGAGUCCAGCGAACUUCUGCGCUCUUCACCCCCCUCUGGUGGAGCUCUGCAGUCAACGCAAGUCAGCAGCUCCCCAGUUGACUAUGAACCGACGAGGGCCGGGGACUGCGGGGAGUCCAGGCACAGAACGUUUCGUAGCCCGCGCCCGUUCUCUGGCCCUCUUUGUCCCUCGCCGUGCCCUGAGAGCGAACUGUGCCCCCACAGCGCUGCCCUGCCUGACAGCCAGGCAGCAGUCCAUAGUCCCGGGCAGCCCAGGCUGUCUCCCGACAGGCCGGAGGGUCUGCUUCCUGGGUCUCGGUGUGUGCAUUCCAGUCCCCAACCCGAGGAGCUGGCCCAGCACCGGCCAUCAGCUGCAGCCCUGUGCUCCGGCCCCAAGCCCCAGGCGGAGUGCGCAGCCGGGCCGCGUCCCGGGGAGCAGGCCGGCUGUACCGCCGGUCCGCCCGCCCCGGUCAGGGAGCGGUGCUAUUACUACCGCGCUCCGGCAGAGCCAGGCGUCGGCGGCUCUGGUGCAGAGCGCCAGUGGAGGCAGAGGAUGAUGAGACAGAGCUGGCACUGCGGGCAGUCGGCCCCCGGCGCCACAUCACACCACCACAGCAGAGACGGCAGAAGUGGGCAUGGGCACAGUGCUGGCCAGGCUGGUGGGAGAGACAUACUGAGAACAGACUUGCGGGCACGCUACAGCAGCAGCAACGACAUGAUUCACCGACUCUUUGUCUGCAUUUCAGGAGUUGCUGACCAACUUCAGACAAACUUUGCCAGUGACAUGCGAGCGAUUUUGAAGUGCGUGUUUGAACUUAUUGUCUCUAGAGAUGAUUCAGAGGGAUCCAACAUCCAGAAUAAAUUGAUGGAGGAAGAGGAGGUGAGGCGGGGGGAGGAAGGCCCUCGCCCCAGUCAGGAAGAUUGUGAACUGUGUGAGGAUCUGAACAGAGGAGUGUCCAGAACGGGCAAUGCUGGAGGUCCCCCUGUGUGGGUCCCGGACAGUGCCUGUGACCACUGCACCGCCUGCCAGGCCCCUUUCACCCUGCUGCGGCGCCGACACCACUGCAGGAGCUGCGGGAAGAUCUUCUGUUCACGUUGUUCACCCAAGGAGGCUCCCCUUCCACGCUUUGGCCAGCAGACGCCAGUCCGAGUGUGCAAUCACUGUUUCAACUUUCACGUCGUGGGCGAAACAGCACAGCUUUGACUGCAGCCAGUGAAAGCUGAUGUCUUCUGGAAGAAAAGUGCCUUUCUUGAUUUUGGGCGCAGACACGAAUGCAAUGUGUUGUCAGAGACAAUGAGUGCAAUGUCUGAGAAUAUCCUUAGUUUAUACUCUGUGCUCUGUGCCAUAUUGCCACUGGGUAUUUGAUUCAGCUGCUGUCAAACAAAAGGAUAAUCUCCAUAAUAGUCAUGUAAGAAGCUCCAAAUUGCUGUAUAAUUUUAAGGUUAUGUAUGAUCACUUUUAAAUUUUAUACUGGUGACUUGUUUAAAAAAAAAUGCUAGUGGCCUUUCUUUGUAUUUAGUCUUUAAGGCAAUUGUCUAUAAACUCCAUUGAAAAUAGAGUAAAAUUGUUUUCUUUUUUUUGGUAUUGUAUACCACAGUUCACUGAUUGUGUACAUCUUUUUUUCAAGAUGAUAAUCUGUCAGAACAAACUGAUUUUUUUUCCCCAUUAUUUUCCUGAUGGCUUUGCAAUCUGUUGCUGUAAUUAUAUAUUUGUGUGUUUGUCACCCCACUGGUGCAAUAAGUGAUGGGUCUUAUUUUUACAGAGGUAGCCGAACUGAAUUGAAAUAAUUAAAAAAAAAAAUGAAUGCA